AAGGGGGCAGAUAUGUACGAAACUAAUGCUCGGCUUUAUUCUUCUUAACGAGCGAAGAAGACUUCACUGCGCUGCAAACUGACUAAUGAUGAAAAGCUACUGUUGGCCGCGGUUUCUGUCAGGUUAUGUUUUGGAUGUUUAGUAAUCGCCGUGGAAAGCGUAUGCGUGGCGUCUAACCUCCGCUUUUCCCUCCAAAGAGCUCGACGAAGCCAUGGCCACUGUCCAGUCAGCCUUGACCUAUGCAGUGUGCAUCCUCACGAUAACAGAGUUGUUACUUGCAACCAAGGACUACUACGAUAUACUUGGUGUGCCGAAAGAUGCCUCUGAGCGACAGAUAAAAAAAGCCUUCCAUAAGCUUGCCAUGAAAUAUCACCCGGACCGGAACAAUAACCCCAACGCUGAAGCCAGAUUCAGGGAAAUUGCGGAAGCUUAUGAGACCCUGUCAGACAAAACAAAAAGGCGAGAGUAUGACCAGUUAAGUGCCAGAGAUUCAUUCUUCAGCGAGGAGUCAGAGGGCGAACGCAGACACAGCGGACAUCAACAUUACACCUCCAACUUUGACGACAUAUUUAAAGACUUCGACUUCUACAACCAGAAACGAAACAGAAGACCAUUCGAUGAUCAUUUCAGGUCCCACAAAGAAAGCAGACAUAACAGGCAUUUCCACAGAGGCUUUGCUGCCGAUAUGCUGGAUGACAUGUUCGAUGAUGUGGAAAGAAUGUUUACCUUUGAACAAACCACAAAACAAAGUGGGAGCAGGUUUCAUGGCAGCUUCAUGAAGCAGCACUGCAGAACUGUGACCCAACGAAGAGGGAAUAUGGUGUCCACCUACACGGAGUGUUCCACUUCUUAACAGCUCAAGCUUGUUAGUGCCUUAAUAGAUUAUGUUGUUAUUGUAUCAGGAAGCCAAAAUUCAGCAAUUGAUUUUUAUAGAAUGUCACCAGUAUUUCAAGCACCUUUGUCUUUUUAAAGAAUGUUUCCGUGUUUUAGAAAUGAUUUGCUUUUCCAACCACUCCAUGUUGCAGAAUCUUUGUUUGCAUUCUGCCUUUUGUUAGCUCUGAAGUAAUCAUAUUAUAAAAAUAAUGUUUGGGUUAUGUAAUUUGGUAUGAGAAUAAUUCUACCAAAAAAAUGCUAAAAUGUUUGAUGAAAAAUUCACCACUUAUUUUUGUGUGUGAUUUACAUGCCCUGCCAUGUAAUGUGCAAUAUUUAUUUCUGUCAGAUUCCUUUCUAGUGGCACUUAGAAUUUUGUGUAUCGUUCUUGGUUUUGAACUAAUGUGUUCAGAAAAUAACAAUUAAAAAAAGCGCCGACUAUAUGACUCAUUGUAUUCUGUCAUUU